AGAGAAUAUUGGUGUGAAAGUCAAACUGGCUACUUCCUUUUGAAUGGCAAGAGUGUCCACCCAUAAUCUGGUGCAGUAUAUAACUCUAUUCUAUAUAGUUAACUUGCAUAACGCAUAGAGAUCUGCUCUUUGUGAAAAGAUGCUUUCCUUAUGCGUUCAAGUGUUUGCCAUCCUGGUUGUCUGUGCAGCCGACAAUGCGCACAGAGAUAUUUCAUAUGUAUUUAGAGCUUGGAAUAGGGUUGACCAGCCUUUACAGGAGCAACUUGCUGCUGUGUAUAAGGAGAUGGAAAGCUUGAAACAUGAGCAAGCAGUAAUGAAACAAAAGCAAGAAGCCUUCAGCCAGGCAUUACCAUACUGUUCACAAAAGCCUAUUGAUACAGAUGUGGAGAUGAAUUUGACAUCACUACAAACAGGCAGCAGCCAUUUGCUGGAUACCCUCACCCAGAAUGGAUAUGGAGAUGAAGGUUCUGGUGAGGAUGACAGUGACGAGUCCCUCAACCCUUGCAAUCACUAUACCGCACUGGACCAAGCCUGGAGAGCCACAAACUACACCACCAAGAAAAUUGCUUGUGACCGUAACGUACAGUGGAAUGGCUGGUACCGUCUCUUUUACCGUGGGAAACCCAUCCAGAUGCCUGAGAGGUGUGUGAAGAAAGAAAUGUGUGGGACGCACGCUCCGCUGUGGCUCGUCGGCGGUCAUCCCCGGAUACGAGACGGGGUGGUCACCCGCAAGGUGUGCGGACACUGGAGAAACAACUGCUGUUUGUUCCAAUCUCCUCCCAUUCAAGUGAAAGCAUGUUGGGGAAACUACUACGUCUACAAGUUUGUCAAACCGGUAGCUUGCCAUCUGGCGUAUUGUGCAGAUGUUAACACACUUGUCUGUGGAAAGUGCAAAAAAUCUGAAUCUUGCAUCAGCAGAGACCGAAUCACCUAUAUGUGUAAGAAAAACCAAAAUAGAGUGAAAGCAAACGUCCAUUUUUUUGUCACCUACCCGGCCAGCAUCUCCGGGAAAGUGAACAGGAUUAUGUACAAGAAAGUGUAUGUGAAUCAAGGCAGGGCUUUCAACACUCGCACCGGGAUAUUCAGAGUUCCAGUUUCUGGCGUCUAUCAGUUCUUCUUUUCCACGCAGACUGGGGGGAGUGGGCCAACUGAUCUAUGGCUGGUUGUAAAUGAUUACUGGGUGGCUGUGUCCCAUAGCAAUGUUCAGAACCCAAACUCGGUUGGGAAUCUCUCUACAUACAUGACGACUCUGCGCAAGGGUGCUACGGUUUACGUGACCCAUAACCGUGGCAGCUCUUGGGCUAAUAAUUCAUCCAACACCAUCGUGUUUGGGGGUUCAUUGCUUAUGGUGAGAAAAAUCUGAGGCAAAAUUAUGAACAUUCAUAUUUUAAUUAGAGGUCAGUUUAAUAAUACCAACUAGUUGGUUUGACUUACAUAAUAUAUACAAUGGUGAAAUGUUCUGCUAGUUCUGUUUAUUCACUGCUUUAACUGUUUUUAAACAUGUGUCUUGCUAAGAGAUACAUUUUAAAUGCAAAUACCUUUUUCCUAAGUGCUUUUUUCUUUAACAUUACUUCGCCAUAAAACCUCUGAAUUUAAGACUAAACAACAACUUUUUGUCAUUAUUUAUAUACAGAUAUACAAUAUGAAUAUAUUGAUAUUAAUACUGUAAAAGAAAACAGUUUGUGAAAAAUCUCUUGCUGAAAGAUAUAUUUCCAAUGCAACAUUUGCUGUUUUGCCAUAUUUUUGUAUUUAUGUAUACAUACAUAUAUAUAUAUAUGUAUAUAUAUAUAUAUAUAUAUAUAUAUAUAUAUAUACACAUAGAUACACACUCUAAAAAUGCUGGGGGUUAAAAACAACCCAGCACUGGGUGUAAUAUGGACAAACCCAGCGACUAUUGUUUAAAAUGUUGUAUAUUUAAGAUGUAUAAGCUGUAAAAAAAAAAAAAAAAAGUUGUAAAUUUAAAAUCAGACCCAUAAUGGCAUCAACAAAAAAAUCACAAAAGGUGAACAUUUUAUUAAAAAGCACUUUAAAAAAUGUAAUUGUUAUUUUUUUCAACUUAUUAAUAAAUGUUCAUUUACUGAGCAUAUUAAUAAAUGUUAAUUUUCAACCUAUUUAGGGUUCAUUUUAAGCAAGAAAGACAGUCAUUUUAAGCAAGUUGAAUUAAGUAAAACUACCCAGAAGGCUGAUUUAAACAUUUAACUUAACUGCUGGGUCAGAACAACCCAAAUGCUUUGUUUGUCCAUAUUUCACCCAUAUUAUAGAGCGUGUGUGUGUGUAUACAUACAUACAUACACAAUCCAUAUUAUAUAUAUAUAUAUGUAUGUAUGUAUGUAUGUAUGUAUAUGUAUGUAUUAUGCAACUUUUAGUAAUAUUGUUGUCCCAGUCUCCUAGAGACACAGGUGGGGGCAGCAGAGUCAUCCCAUUGUGUUUAAUCAGACAGGAUGUCACUUGGCCACAGGUAGCUGAACAAAGCAACCUGAAGCCAUCUUCAGUCCUCAUUAAACUUAAACACCUUGUGUCUUGAGUUCACAACAGACACAGCAGCCCAAAAUCAUGUAAUAAACCAAGUAAAUGCAUUUUAUUAGUCUUUCAGCAGAAAAAGGUUAUUGUGCUUACAUGUGAACAAAUUCAAAUGUGGUUAUGAUUAAUUCUAAUGUUAUAUUUGUUGUAAUUAGGUAAGUAUUAUGCAGAACUACCCUGUGACAGUUCGCUUCCUUAUAUGGACAUAGAGGACAGACGGACAUUCCAGGGAUAUUCAGAAACUCACUGAUGAUGACUAAUAGCAGUCUAAAAAGAAUGCUAACUAUGCACAAUUCAAAUGUGACUAUCCCCUUCAAAUUACUACUAACAAUAACGUUAACUAUAGCAAAUCAUUUUAACAUUUAGCUUACUGCUUUGUUAGACUAAAGUGUAUGUUGGAAAAAACAUUUUUUUUUUAAAUUAGCAAUCCAGUAGUCGCUAUACAAAGUGACAUGUUAUUUCCUUUAGCUGUUGCUGGUAACAAACGCACAUUUUCGCAAUUUAUUUCAAAGGUGAUUUGACU